UCGCGGCGGACAUGUUGGCCGUGUUUGCCUUGCUUUGCCGGCGCUCUCUCUCUCUGGUGACGGCAGCGAGUAGUGGAGGGAAGACUGAUGGCAGAGAGGAGGGGCUGCCAAUGAGAAAGCUGCUGCUACAGCCCAGGGCCAGGUGACCUUGAAGGACGUAUUUUUGUACUCCCAAGAGAAAGCGGUUCCUUGAGGAGGCUCAAUAUCUACUGAAUGUGGAUGUGAUGCCCGAGAACUUUGCACUCGUGGCCUCCCUUGGCUGUUGGCAUGGAGUGAAGGAUACAGAGGCAUCUGUGCUGAGUGCUUCUGUAGGAGUGCCACAGGAAAAUGCUGCCAAGCAAGCUUUGUCUGACCAGACAGCCUGUCCUUGUGAUAUAUGUGGCCCCAUCUUGAAAGACAUUUUGGACCUGGCUGAGCACCAGGGAACACACCAAAAACUGAAACCAUAUACCUGUGGGGCAUGUGAGAGACACUUCUGGUUCAAUGCAGACCUUUACCGCCACUUGAAGCAGUCCGGCAUAGAGAAUCCCUGUAAGAAGAACGAAGGCAGAGUCUCAGUUUGUGAAGAACGUCACCUGUCUGAGAAGGCUACUCCUUGUGAUGGGGAAUGGAAGCGCUUCCAGGCAAGCUGAGUCAGCCUCUAAAGAAAGUUCACUCCGAACAAGAGGAAGACAUGCAGGAGGAGCACUGAGGAUGGGGACAUUUUCCCUGUGAACAAAUGCAUCACAAGUGCAGUGAAUGUGGGAAAGCAUUCACCCGAAAAGAUACACUGAUUCAGCAUAAGAGAAUCCACACUGGAGAAAGGCCUUAUGAAUGCAGUGAAUGUGGGAAAGCGUUCAGCCGUAAAGACAACCUUGUUCAACACAAGAGAAUCCACACUGGAGAAAUGCCUUAUAAGUGCAGCGAAUGUGGGAGAUACUUUAGUCAUCACUCCAACCUUAUUGUACACCAGAGGGUUCACACUGGUGCAAGGCCUUACGAGUGCAACGAAUGUGGCAAAGUCUUCAGGCACAAAUCCUCACUUGUUCAGCAUGAGAGUACUCACACUGGAGAAAAUCCUUAUGACUGUAAUGACUGUGGGAAAUCCUUUAGCCAUAAGUACAUUCUUAUUAAACAUCAGAAAAUUCACACUGAAAUAAGACCUUAUGAGUGCAUUGAAUGUGGGAAAUUAUUCAGUCAGAGCUCUGAUCUUAUGGCACACCAGAGAGUUCACACUGGUGAGAGGCCUUUUGUGUGCAGCGAAUGUGGGAAAGACUUCAUCAGAAGUUCCCACCUUGUUCGGCACAAAAGAGUCCAUACUGGGGAAAGGCCAUAUGAGUGCAGUGAGUGUGGGAAAACCUAUAGCUUAAGUUCCCACCUUAUAAGGCAUCAGAAGAUUCAUGCUGUAGGAAGGCUGUAGGAGUGGUGGAAAUGUGCACUUGCUCUUGUUCAAGACAACCGGACUCACAGGGAGAAGCUCCGUGUUUUACCUUUGGGAGGAAGCCAGUGCUCAAACGUUAAACUUCAUAUACUGGAAUGUACAGUGGUGAGGUACCUUAUGUCAGGUACAUUGGACAUGUUUAGGAACUGUGUUGUGCUUUGUAACAUGCUCAGGUUCCUUACUGAAGUUGUGUCAUGGCCAAUGUCGGGGGCCGAAACCAUCUCAAUUCUCCUCUCUCAGGACCUUAGUGACCCCACUUACUUCAGGGAAGGCAGAUCUCUGUCCCAUGUCUGGAGGGAACACAAGAAGCCCAAGUCAAUGAGAUCCUUAUUCUUCACUCUCUGUCUGGUCUAACUGUGGGCAAGACCCUUCAUUGGCCAAGAGGGUCUGAGCUGGGCUCUGCUGGGGCUGUAAGACCUAUAACAUCCAGAAAGUAAACAAUUGGUUCAGAAAUACUGGGGCGAAUAAUAGGGAUUAGGAAAGGCUGCAGCAAACUAGAAUUGUCAUUUAAAAAGCACAUCCACAAUCAUUUUAGCCACUGACCGGCUAGAAUGAGGGUAUACGGAGAUUCUCAGCUUCUCCAGAGCUAUGUGAGAGUAAUGGUCAAGGGUCACUGGCAGAGCAAAGACACCAUUACUUCCCUGGACUAGUUCCACAGGUCAGAACCUAGGAUGGAGAGAUCUUGUAGUCCAGGGAGGUAGCUUAUUUACCCAGAGUUCCUGAGGACUCCAGUGGAGAUUGCCUUUAGUGCUCACCAGGUCUUUCAGCCACUGAGGUUUCUAUCCUCAGAGAUAGAGAUGAGCUAUGAGAUGGGAUCACCAGCUGCACAAACUUCUGGGUUUCAAAUAGAAGUAGGGCAUUCAGAUUUCAUGUGGCGUCAUCUUUUAGUGAAAUGUAAUCAACACGAAGUAGGCUGCACACAUUUAAAAUGAAGCAAAUGCAUUUUGAUACAUAUAUAAACCUGUGAAAUCAUUAUCCUAAGCUAUGACGAUGAACAUACCCAUCCCGAACUUACCUGUGUCCCUUCAUAUUCCUCCUCUCCGUGUCACUUCAAUUUCUCAAGGAACUGUUGCUUUAUUGAUAUAAAUGUGCAUCAUCAUCAUGAAUUUUACGUAGGUGGAAGCAUGAACCAUUUCUGCCUGCUGUCUUUCAUGCAACAUAAAUAUCUUGGAGUUCAUUCAUGCUGUGAUGAAAUCUCUCUUCCUGAAUUCAGGCAGACCUCAGAUGUGGGCUCCAUUUUAGGUCACCCUAAUAAAGUGAAUGACAAUAAA